CCAGCACAAGUGCUGCUCGCACCUCUGCACAAAAUGAAAAUAGACUUGAAGACUGUGCUGAAGAUGCUCAGCCCCCUGUUCCUGUUCCUGUUACUGUUCCUGUUCCUGUUCCUGUGCCUGGGCAUGACCAUGACAUGAGCAGCUGGAGCUGUUCACAGCACCAGAAGCUCUGGAUGAGGACAGAGCUUCAGGAUCUCGGGCUGUGGCCUGGGUCUCGUCCAGUGCGUAAUCCAGGGAACACAAUUUCAUUGUGGCGUCUUCCUCCACAACCUGAGCUGAUAGAGUCGGUGGCUGAGCUCCCAUCCCCCAACUUCUUUCAGCUCCACUCAUUUUUCAUUUGGAAACCUGAGAGUGACAUCAUGGUCAGGUUGAGGAACAAUUACAUCCUGCCCUGUCUCCAUGGCUGUCCUCAUCCACAGGUGGUCUCUGCAGGGGUGGGCAGGCCUCGGGUGAUUGUCGGCACCAGUGGCCAAUAUUUUAUCCUCUCCUCGCGACUCUGCUGCAAGGUCUGCCGAAAGAACUGGUUCGCUGACAGUCCGCGAUGGCUGGAGAAACUGCCCAAGCGCUUCACCAACCUUCUGCCUGCAAUCCUGACUUACAAGAAGGCCAUUUGUAAGUCUGUCAUGGAUGAGCUGAGGCGCACUGGCAAGUCACCAACUGAUAUGGCCAACCAGGUGAAUGAGCUCAUGCACCUGAAGUAUGAGCGAGCUCACCUGGCAUACCUUCAAGCCAUAGAGAAUGUGAGAGAUGGUGAGGCUGGAGUGUAUGGUCAGAGGACCAUUGGGCAGUUUCUAAGAAAGACAACCAGCCACGCACUUUUGGGCCAUAUGACGAGCAACAUGGCUGGGGUGGAGUCUCUGUGUCCGGUUUCUACCUGA